CGAAUAAUUUACUUAUUGUCAAUGCUUGCUUCUGAACAAGGGAAAAAAAGGAGAGCGCUUACUGCUUAGUUCCCCUUGGCUACCUGCCGGCAAGACCGCACCGUCAGCGCCCCUGAUCGCAUUUCUACUCCGUACUUUCAGGAGCAAGGGGUCAUUCCAGAUAAGAAGCACGCUCUAGCCUAGUCUCCAGAAGGGAUUGGUCUGAGGCGUUUUUAAACUGGAAGGCGACCGUGACAAAGAGGAUUGUUCGUGAUCGAUCCACCGUGUUUCCUACGGGCUGCCCCUCAGUACAUCUCCAAGAAACACAACAUUUAUAUACUACAUACUCCGACAAACGCCGGGCGUUGAGAGUUCCACCUCGUUUGGCAUCAUGUUUGAAGAUUUCUCUUUCUCGUCCGCAUCGUCGGCACACCCUCCCACGCUCGAGUCGGACGACCGGGUCAUGGUCGACAGUGACAGUGGUCUCAUAUCGCCGCUCUCCUCGCGGUGUCCGUCGCCAAAGGUCUCCGCGUACCGAUUGCCUCGCAACCUAUCCCGGUCUCGAUCGUUGUUUCUGCGGUCGCCGCUGCCGCCGCCAACCUCCGUUCCAUAUCCCUACGAAGACAGACGAAUCUCGAUUGGGAUACUGACCAAGAAACUGCAUGAACAUAGCCUGACCACUACCACCGAUGAGCUGUCGGACGAUGCCUCUGCCGCCGCGUCGCCGACCACCCCUCACUCCAUCUCCGAUGUGCCUGCCCUGGAGCCGUCCGCCAGGUUUCCGGGAUACCUUCUGACCCCGCCUCAGACAGGCCAGGAUGACGAAUCUUACUACGAGGACUCCUCAUCAUCCCCCGUUACCUCCUCUCCUUCGGUGGCCAGUCUUGACUCGCCGUUCCUUUGCCCCAACUCUUCGCCUAUAGACUUCAUCUCCUUGGACAGCAGUAUGGAACCCAUCACCUGCUGUACCGACCAACGGAGUAUCCGUCUGCAACGACAAGUUAUCUCUCGACUGCAGUGCCAUGCUCCCGCGGGGAUCGACUCGGUCCGCAAAGCGUACAUGUCCAGCAGCGAUGAGCCGAGCGGUGCAGACAUCCCCCCGCUAGCCUUCCCCGAUGAAGACUGUCAUCCCAGCUCGUUGCCCCCGCAGAUUUCGCCGCGUCGACGCGCAGUCACCCUGCGAGCCAGCCGGUUCCGUCCCACCGGAGGAAGCAAUAUCGGAGGGCUGGGGGACGGCGCAGCACUGGAACCGCAGUUGCGCAGGAAGAGCAGCUCUCACGCCCUGAUCUCCCACCGCAUCGAUAAGAACUACGGCUACCUGUCUGGCCGGGAGCUACGCAAGAAGAGUGAGCAAGAGUUACGGCGGAAAAGCAUUGUCAGUGCUGCCUUGGCAUCGAUGGAAUGAGUUUGAAAGAAAACAGAGAGAGAGAGAGAGAGAGAGAGAGAGAGUGUGUGUGUGU